AUGGGGCGGCGAUCGGUGGCGGUCCAGUCGGUUUUGACGCUCCUCCUCGGAGUACUUCAUGUCGGCGGACAGCGCGCCCUAAGUACCGCAGGUUUCAUCACCAUAGACUGCGGCCUGCCGGCGCAGACGAGCUACGUGGAUCCCAUCACCAAGAUACCUCACAUUUCGGACGCCGGAUUCGUAGACGCCGGCUACAACCGCAACAUCUCGGCCGAGUACAUGAAGCCAGAGUCGCAGCUGUCGAGGGGCUACCACAACGUGCGCAGCUUCCCCGACACGGAGCGCAGCUGCUACACGCUGCCGUCCCUCGUGCCCGGCUCCAAGUACCUGCUCCGGGCCUUCUUCCGGUACAGCAACUACGACGGGCUGGAGAAGCUCCCCAUCUUCGACCUCUACCUCGGCGUCAACUGGUGGCGGACGGUGAACAUCUCCGAAGCCGAGCAGCCGGUGAUGGCCGAGGUCAGUGCUGUGAUCCCAGACGAAUCGGUGCAGGUCUGCCUCGUCAACACCGGCUCGGGGACGCCGUUUAUCUCCUCGCUGUUUCUGAGGCCUCUCGAGAACACGCUGUAUCCGCAAGUGAACCGCACGCAGGGGCUGAUCCUCAUCGACAGACUCAACAUGGGCGGCACCGGCUUAUACCCAAUUAGGUACCCGUACGACCCAUAUGACCGGGCUUGGAUCUCGUGGAACGACCUCAGCCUCUGGACCAACAUCUCCACAACGGAGAAGGUCCUGGGCAAUAUCUGGGACCUCCGCUACUACGUCCCUUCCACAGUGAUGCAGACUGCCAUCACCACACUUAACGGCUCCAUGUCCAAGACCAUCGAGGUGUCCUUGGCCACCGAACUGGACCAUCUCGACCUUAUGCCCGGAUGCAUUGCAAUUGUCUAUUUCGCGGAGCUACAGAUCCUGCUCGGCAAUGUUGUCCGUGAGAUCAGUGUCGCCGCUGAUGGGGGCAAGCAUAACAAUGUGACCGUUCCCAAGUACCUCGUCACCAACGCCAUGUACAACCCUGAACCUCACCCAUGCUCCAGCCGGUACAACAUCACCAUCAAAGCCGGGGAAAACUCCACACUGCCGCCAAUACUCAACGCCUUCGAGUACUUCUCUGUCAUGUCCACGGCCAAUCUUGGCACGGUCAUCCGCGAUGUUUCUGCUAUCAAUGCAAUCAAAAUUAAGUAUCAGGUGAAGAAGAAUUGGAUGGGUGACCCGUGCGCUCCAAAGAAAUUUGUGUGGGAUGGGUUGACCUGCAGCUAUGCUAUUUCUGACCACCCAAGAAUCACACACAUAAAUAUGUCCUAUGGUGUCUUAAGUGGCGACAUAUCAAAUCAUUUUGGAGAACUCAAAGACAUCCAUUAUUUGGAUUUGUCGUACAACAACUUGACAGGAUCAAUUCCUAAUGUCCUAGCACAACUACCUGCUCUUAUUGUGCUAGAUUUGACAGGAAAUCAGCUUAAUGGAUCAAUUCCUUCUGGUCUUCUGAAGAGAAGUCAAAAUGGCACCCUAACUCUAAGAUAUGACAAAAAUCCAAACCUUUGCAGCCACAAUAGCGUCUGCCAGCCCACAAGAAAGAAAAACAACUCUAUGCUUGCCGUCUAUAUUGCUGUUCCGAUAGCUGCAGUGGUUGUGAUAGCAGUACUGAUAGUACUGCUGAUUUUCAGGGUGGGAAAAAAGAAAGGAUCGGCCCCGGGCAUCAAUGGACAGCUGGACAACCGCCAGUUCACAUACAAGGAACUGGAGGUCAUGACGGACAACUUCAAGAUAGUACUUGGCCAAGGUGGCUUCGGCCCUGUUUAUGACGGCUUCUUGCAGGAUGGUACUCAUGUGGCAGUCAAGCUGUUGUCCCAGUCUUCCAAUCAAGGCAUCAGAGAGUUCUUGACAGAGGCUCAGACAUUAACGAAGAUUCAUCACAAGAACCUUGUCUCCUUGAUUGGUUAUUGCAAGGAUGGAGAGUAUUUGGCUCUUGUCUAUGAGCAUAUGUCUGAAGGAAAUCUCAAUGAUAAACUUAGAGGGAGAGAGGGCAACAUGGUAUUCUUAACGUGGAGACAGAGACUCCGUAUUGCACUGGAAUCCGCAUAUGGGCUUGAGUAUCUACACAAGGCCUGUAGCCCGCCCUUCGUUCACCGUGAUGUCAAGACAUCAAACAUCCUACUGAAUGCAAAUCUCGAGGCUAAGGUUUCCGACUUUGGCUUGAUGAAAGCUUUCAAUCACGUCGAUGAUACUCAUGUAUCCACGGCCAGAAUGAUUGGCACACCAGGCUAUAUUGCACCUGAAUAUGCGAUGACCCGACAACUGACGGAAAAGAGUGACGUGUAUAGCUUCGGCAUCGUGCUACUGGAGGUGGUCACAGGACACUCCGCCAUCCUACAAUCCAUAGAGCCCACCCAUAUUGUCCAGUGGACACGACAACACCUUGUGGGGGGAAAUAUCGAGGAAGUGGUGGAUGCGCACAUGCAAGGUGACUACAAUGUUAAUGGCCUAUGGAAGAUCAUGGAUGUUGCACUCAAGUGUACCGCGCAAGAUCCGGCACAGCGGCCAACAAUGACUGACGUGGCGACCCAGAUCCAAGAGUGCCUCGAGCUAGAGAGCGAAGGGCACACCAGCAGCAAUGCUAAUAGUAGGGUCGACAUGAAUAAUGGAAGCAUUGGCGACUAUAGUCUACCAGUGUGACAAAGGGCCAUUUAGUUCCAAUGGCCAAAGUCUUUUGCGAGGACUACAGCCUUCAUCACCUCCCACAACCGGUCUUGUACUCUCUAGGCAUACAAACACGCCAUGUAUUAUUCAACUGUAAUAGAAACUUCUAUUUUUUCC